AUGGCUCGCAGGGAAUCCGAGAUUGAAGAGGCUGAUUCAGAAGUUCUUAUGGUUGGAACCAAUUAUAAGUUGAAAACCAAAAAGGUUGGUAAGAAAUUAGGAGCAGGUAAUUUUGGUGAAUUACGUGUCGGUAAAAAUCUAAUGACCGGUGAUCCAGUAGCAAUUAAAUUGGAAUUGAAAAGAUGUAAAGUGCCAACAUUACCAUUGGAAUAUCGUUUCUACCGGAUGCUCGGAAAUACUGAAGGAAUACCAAGAAUCCAUUAUUUUGGUCCUUGCGGUCAUUAUAUUGCUCUGGUGAUGGAUUUACUUGGACCUAAUUUGGAGGAGAUGUUUAAUUUGUGUGAGAGAAAAUUAACUGUUAAAACAACCACCCAAUGUGCCCUUCAAAUGAUCACUCGAUUAGAACAUGUUCAUUCUCGUAAAUUAAUCUAUCGAGAUAUUAAGCCGGAAAAUUUUCUCCUUGGUAGACCAAAAUCAUCUAAAGCAGAUGUAAUUCAUUUAGUUGAUUUUGGUUUAAGUAAAGAAUAUAUUGAUCAAGAAACUGGUAAACAUAUUCCUUUUAGAACGAAUAAAUCAUUAACUGGAACAGCACGUUACAUGUCGAUUAAUACACAUCAGGGAAAAGAGCAAAGUCGCCGAGAUGAUUUAGAGGCACUAGGUUACAUUUUCAUUCUUUUUCUUAAAUCUCGACUCCCCUGGCAAGGAUUAAAUGCUGAAGAUGUACGAGAAAGAUAUCGUAAAAUUGGUGAGAUUAAAAAAUUAGUUCCAAUUGAGGUUCUUUGUGAAGGUUUUCCAGAAGAAUUUGCCACUUACUUAAGAUAUGUGAGACGACUUGAUUUCGCAGAGGAUCCAGAUUACGGUUAUCUUAAAAAGCUUUUCUCCGAUUUAUUCGCUCGCACCUUCACGGAAGAUGGUGUUUACGAUUGGCACAAAAAGUUAUUGGAGAAGGAAAAAUUAGAAGAUAAAAAAUUUACUUAA